AUGGCAGCAGCUUUGAUUGGAGAGGCUCUCAUCUCUGCUUCUAUCGUGGUGUUGUGUGACAGAGUUACUUCAGCCGAGUUCAUAGACUUAUUUCAGCAGAAGAAACUUGAUGAAACACUCCUCAUGAACCUGAAGACGACACUGUUGAUUUUGUUUGCGGUGCUCAAUGAUUCAGAGGAGAAGCAAAUUGUGAACCCUGAAGCUUUGCGAUGCAAGCUGGAAGGAACAGACCAAAUAUGUUCACACGUGGCAUCGCUCAAGUCAUCAUCAUUUCAGACUGAAAAUCAGCCUUCGAGUAUUGCAACACCUGCAAGUGAGAUAGGCGGUGACGAAAUCAGAGCUGAUUUUGAAGCCUCUGAUGCCCCUGUUGUUGCAAGUUGCACCUGA